AUUCAAUUGACAUGUCUGCCACAGUACACGCUUGCAUCAAGGGCUUAGACAUAUAUGAUCCAUCAGUCGAAUUGAAGGACAUAUGACCAGACCCAAGAGCGCCAUCAAGAAAGCAGUACGGAAUUCGCUACGGGCCGAUUCGGUUUCUAGCUGGGUAUAAACAAAUGGAGACAUGUAUUACCCCGUUCCCAAAUGAUGGUGCUGGUGAUCAGUUGAAGCCAUUCCCUGAGAGGUUGUAUGCAGUACCUCCCAGGAUAGCUAGUGGAUCUGUUCCUGGAAUUUCUGUUGAUGCAUACUUGAAGGACAAUACUAUGUGGAAGAAGCAUGUAAAAGCUUAUAAAAGAAUCAAUAGCAUACUUGAUACUGGAAGAUACCGUAACAUUAUGGAUAUGAACGCUGGCUUAGGAGGUUUUGUUGCUGCAAUCUAUUCUUCCAAAUCGUGGGUUAUGAACGUCAUGCCGACUAUAGCUAAAAAGAAUACUUUGGGUGUUAUUUACGAGCGAGGACUUGUUGGUAUCUAUCAUGACUGGUGUGAGGGUUUCUCUACAUACCCGAGGACAUAUGACUUGAUUCAUGCUAACGGCGUCUUUAGUCUAUACAAGAAUAAAUGCAACUUGGAAGACAUACUUAUAGAGAUGGACCGAAUUCUGCAUCCUGAAGGAGCAGUAAUAAUUCGGGAUGAAGUAGACGUGCUCGUAAAGGUGAAAAAGAUAGUAGCCGGGAUGAGGUGGGACACGAGAAUGGUGGAUCACGAGGAUGGACCAUUGGUUCCCGAGAAGAUACUGGUUGCUGUUAAACAGUACUGGACUGUUGACGGAGGUAACCCCACAUCCAACCAAUAAUCAUAAACCAAAAACAAAAACAUGUGAAUCUCAAAAGUCAUACCGGUAACAGACAUUCUGAACUGAAAAUUCAUAUUUUCUGUUACUAAAUGUGUGUGUUUCUUAUCAUUGGUUGCUUCAGCCAAUGAUAUUCUUUCAACACCCUGAUUGAUGGCCUCCCGUGCUCGUCUCUUUUGACUUAUGGCUACCCUUAUUAGCAAUAGAUAAUUAUAGUGCUCAGCUGUUGGGAGAAAGAGAUUAAUUAGUAUCUGAAACAAACAUCGUCCAUGUGCUCUCUCGCAUCUCUUACAUGGUGAUAGUUGUCCGUAAUGAUGCUCAUGGACUCACUCCCUGACUCCUACAUGGUGAUUGUUGUCCGUAAGAGGACUGGUAUCACUCAAUUCAAGUGUCAAUUUAAACGAACAUCAUUCAAUUUAAAUGUAAAACGGCAACUGAAUUGGAAGGAGUACAAGGUCCAUGUUGAUGCAAGUAUGUAACCACUAAAAACGUGUAACCAGGGAUUUCCAAUCAUAGCAGACCAGUGCAGUAUAGUUUGAUCAACAACCAGACAAUGUUGAGAUCAUUCAGUCUUCAUUCACUUGAUUGAAGUUGGUUUGAUAUCAUACAUCAGCACAGCGCAGUCACAACUCAAAGGUUAAUUGACUUGGACGACAGUGGACUAGCUGUGAUGAAUAGAAGUUCAGGAGAUGAAUCAGGUCUUAAAAUCAGGUAUAUGAUGGAGGUCCCUCCUGCAUUUAGUUUGCGUGAUUCAGAUUAGUUUCUUUAUGCUUUUAGCUUCUGUAAUUAAAUUGAUAAUCAGGUAUAUGAUAGUAACGAGUUUUGUGUUCUUCGGUUUAUUGCAAUGUUAGAAUGUCAGAGGUGUAUCUUGUAGACUUGCAUUAUAUUUCAUUCUAAUGGUCCAAUGUUACAUAGUUUGGUGAUUAGAUAAUUGUAUUUUUCUUAUAAUACUUAAACUAAUAAAUUAAGGCAAUAUUAUCUUAGUUUCACUGUAUUACGUAUAAUUCUCUAUGAUUAGUGAGGUUAUUUAUUGAAUUAGCAUGCAGUGAUCUACUUAGAUGUGCACAUUCAGUCCAACCCUACAACAAAUUUUAGAAGUUCAAAAUGUGCAAAAUUCAGUUUUCACAAGUUGAACUAGCGCCUCAGGACAUUUUGGAUGGCUUUUUUUGCUCCUACCAAAUAUCUCAAUGCACAAAUGUAUUAAAUGGUUUUAUUGCUUCAUAACAUGCAUGGAAUACUGUAUGUAACUAUCUAGGAGGAUUUCCUCCCGCAUAUUACUCAUAUCUAAUUCUAUAUAACAGGGAAAAGAGUUUUUUUUUGGCACUUUAGCCUGCUGCUCACUGAUAGAUUUAAGUGACAAAUAUAAGCUGGUACAAUUCAUUUUCGCAUUAAGAAUCUAAUGGCACUUUAGCCUGCAUUGCACCAUGAGAAGGCCUGUUUGCAAUGUGAAUAUGGUUGAUAGACAUGUCAGAAAACAACUUAUUUGGCUCGAUCCCACCGGCCUCAGGUCAAGUAUUUGAGUCCUUGCUUGUGCUAGAUUUGUCAAAAAAUGAUCUUUCAGGGGAAAUCCCACCAAAAAUGAAACUUUCUCUAGCUUGAGGUACCUUAUCUUGUCAAGGAAUAACCUUCACUCUAGGAUACCCCCAGAGAUUGGGUUCCUUCAUAACUUAACAGUCUCAGAUAUGAGUGACAGGGCCUUAUAUGUGUUAAUUCCUGGGGAUUUGUGUGAUUCUUCAAGCAGCUUGUCUAUUCUUCAGUUGGAUGAUAAUUCCUUGGCAGGCCUAUUCCACAGGAAAUUGACAAUUUCUCAUCACUCUAUUUGUUACUCCUGUUUAUACAAUCGCUUCAAAUGCCAGUGUUGAGGGAGCUCUUAUUGUUGGAAAGCUAUUAGAGCAGGAUAAUCAAUAUCUUGGUUACGAUGCUGCUAAAGCUAUCAAACGGCUUACAUGCUCCUUUCGUUGAUGAAUGAGCAAAUACUGGUGUGUCAUCUUUGAUGACUACAACGGAUGUUGUAAUUGUCGAGGCACCCAGAGAUGAGAAGGAUGCGGCUCCUGCAGUGGGUGAGGUGGGCGGUAUUGAUUACUGAAUGGUUGACUAAAUACGCAAAGAAAACAUUUUCUUCACUGUUGUUAGAUUUUGUUCAUGCCCUUGUUAUGCUAGGAAGGAAAUUUUAUAAAACAUAGUGGGAGAAAAUAUUUUGUAGGUUUCCUGCUAAUGUAACCAAUAUUUUUUAUUGGGAUUGUGAUUGUAUCUCCAGUAAUUAUGGAAGAUUUGGCCAAAGUCGAUGUUGUAUUUAUCAUAGAAAUAUGCAGCGGGAUUUUUUUAUCAUAUAAAUAUGUAGGAGGUUUUUGACAUAUAAAUAUACAGCAGGCAUCAACUAUAGAA